AUGCUCAAGAGAAUCACAAAGGUUGCACUCAAUGCAAAGACAAAAAGUGAGAGAAAUGCAGCAUGGACUGAUAGAGAUGAACAGAGUAACAAGACCAAUAUUGUCCAGCUGUCCCUCACUCGGGCAUGUGUUUUGUCCGGCACAAUCACUCAAGGAAUUGUCAAAAGCAACAACGUCAUUUAUGGAUUCUCUGCUGAGUUGAAAGAAGCAUCUGCUCUAUUCAAGUAUGUGUCAGAAAAUAAUGAAGCAGAGGCAAAUAGAUGCAAACAAAAUUCUGAAACAGCGAUGGAAGUUGCUGUAUGCAUGGAAGCUGCAGAAGAGGGCACAGCAGCUUUCACUGAUUUGGAGAGAGGGGAGGCUGGUUUGUGGGUUUUGAUCCAUGGUCUUGUCAGUCCUUCUGGUUUGACAUUGAAUGGCAAAUUUGGCACCAUCUGCAUGGAUGGGUUGGAAGAGGGCCGAGUUGCAGUACAGGUGGAUGGAAUCAGUGCAUCCAAACGGAUCAAAAUAAAGAAUUUACUGGAGAUCCCAUUUUCGGAGAAGAAUGUGGCACUCAUUUCAACUUUGAUGGAAGAUGGCAAGUGGAGAUAUGUCAGAGUUUCCAGAGAACUAUUACUAGCUCGUUUCUUGGUGGAACGGAUGUGA